AUGUCCUACAACGGGAUUGGGCUGAGGAGCGCAAAGGGCUCUUCGACUUCUGGUCACAUCCAGCAGUCUUUGGCUUUCAACGAGAAUCGUAAAGGUGUAAAGAACUUCCUCAAUCGAGUUGAAAAGAAGAAACCAAGGCAAACAGUCCGCCAAAAAGAUCAAAGUAUUAUAAAUCAUAUGGAAAAGCGUGAAAUAGAGCUGCGAGUGUCCGAACAUAGAGAUAUGCUAGAGGAAGAGGGUCUUGAUGAUCCGACCAUCGAAGCAAGAUGCGAAGAGUUCCGUAAGAAAAUUGCAACAGUUGUGGAAAAAGAGCGCGCCGAUGAGAAAACAAGGAAUGCGUACAAAUCCCGAAGACUGCGUUCACGGGAUGCGGAGCUGAAACCUGAGGCGGAGCCUAGAAAGCAACCGGGGAAGGAGAAACCUCGACAAAACAGUGCUGACGGUCACCAGCAAUGA